GGAGGAUGCAGAGCGUACACACUGUGGGAACCACAAUCUCUGUUACCAUCUCCAUGUGGCCUAUCAACGGAUCUGAAAGACACAGAUGGAAAACAAGCUGGGGUCUGUGCUCCAACGUGCCUUCUACGGGUCCAGUGGGAGGGUGACCCUUUUCGAGCAGCGGAACUUCGCCGGCAGGCGGCUGGACCUGAGUUCUGACUGUGUCAGGCUCAGUGACAAGAACUUCCCAGAAAGAUGUAACUCUGUGCAGGUGGAGGGCGGAGCAUGGAUCGGUUACGAGCACGAGAACUUCCGGGGCCGUCAGUACCUGUGGGACAUGUCCGAACGGGGAGAGUACAGCUGCUACGACAAGUGGUGCGCUCAGCUGGACCACGUGUCCUCUGUCCGCGCUGUCAAACAGGACAACAACCCUGCCAGAGCUCAGCUGUUUGAGCGAGGCAGUUUCUCUGGUAAGAAGAUGGAGAUCCAGGAUGACAUCCCCAACCUGAUGAGCCGGUACAACCUCAACAGAGUCGCCUCCAUCCGCGUGCUCGGAGGAGCAUGGGUGGUCUAUCAGGAGCCAAACUACAGAGGGCCUCAUUAUGUCCUGGAGAAGCGUGAUUACAACAACUUCUCUGACUGGGGCAGUCAGAGCAACACCGUGGGCUCCAUGCGCAGAGUCCGCUUCAACUAAACGCCAUCGCCGAAGUCCUGCCAACACGAAGCCUGUCAGCCGAACACUUUGUAAUAAACUGUAAAAAGACAAACAUUUGUAUUUUUCCCCCCCUUCUUGAGUCGUCUCAUCAGUAAAAAUGUUCUGAACCCGAGUGCACCAGCUCAUUAAUAGAAAGUGUUUUAAAAGUUCAAAACUUGUGGAUUUAAGGAUAACUGGCCCAAUCAAAUCCAGGUCCCAAAAUAAUGCCGCAGACCAUUAACAUUCUUGUUGGUAACAGAUGGAGUUAAGAAUUUGCAAGGUAAACAUUUUAUUUCACUUUUUGAACAAAGUCCAAGGCCAUAAAAUGAAAUGUGGACACAUUAAAAUGCAUAGAGUGUGAGACCCGUACAGAGAUAAUGUUGCCAAAAAA